AAGGCUUCGGGGAGCAGAAGCCGUGGAGCCCCGGGCAGCCACUGGUGUCACCAGGUUCUGUCCGCCAGCUUCUCCAUGCAGCCAUGGAGCUGGACUCCUUCCAGCACUACUUCUACGACCACGAGGCCGAGGAGGAUUCCUACCGCUCCACGGCGCCCAGCGAGGACAUCUGGAAGAAGUUCGAGCUGGUGCCCACGCCGCCCUUGUCGCCGCUGGGACCCCCGGGGGACAAAGCCUGUUGCUCCGGCGCGGAGGAGCGAGCGACUUGGCUCUCCCGCUCCUGCCUGGCCGGGGAAGAGCCGGAGUAUCUCAUAGACACGGGGGAGAUUUUUGGGAACCUGAGCGCCUUCAUCCUCAAGGAUUGCAUGUGGAGUGGCUUCUCGGCGCGAGAAAGACUGGAAAAGGCGAUGACGGAGAAACUUUCCGCUGGCCCGCCCAGGGCGAGCGCCCACAAACCCUCCUUCGCCUACGACUUCGGGUUCAGCAGCUCGCUGAGCGAGUGCGUGGAUCCUGCUGCCGUCUUCCUGUGCCCGCUGCCCGACAGCAAGAUCCUGCCGUCCUCGGGAUCCGAGGGCCAGAGCGAUUCGGAAGGUGAAGAGAUCGACGUGGUGACAGUGGAGAAGAGACAAUCGCUGGCGCUGCGGCAGCCGGUCACCAUCACGCUGCGCGCUGACCCCCUGGACCCCUGCAUGAAACGCUUCCACAUCUCCAUCCACCAGCAGCAGCACAACUACGCGGCCCGCUCGCCGCCCGACGCCGGGACGGAGCCGCCGGAGCCGGAGGUUGCUGUCGAGCCGGCCCUGGAAAGCGCCCUGCCGGAGCCCGGCUCGCCCAAAAGCGCCGGCGCCCCCGGCUCCGACACCGAGGACGUGGCCAAGAGGAGAAACCACAACUACCUGGAGCGCAAGCGGCGCAACGACCUGCGCUCGCGCUUCCUCGCGCUGCGGGACCAGGUGCCCGGCCUCGCCGGCUGCCCCAAGACGCCCAAGGUGGUGAUCCUGAGCAAGUCAUCCGAGUACCUGCAGUCGCUCGUCAGCGCCGAGCGCAGGAUGGCGGCCGAGAAGCGGCAGCUGCGGCUGCGCCAGAGCCAGCUGCUCCGCCGGAUCGCUCACCUGCAGGGCCACUAGCCGCGGCAUCCCGCUAUCCCGGCUCCUUUUGCACAUUUGUUUGGUUGGAGCGGGGCUCAGGGCGCGCGCUGCAGCCACCGCACGUGUCCUGCUGCCAUCCUGAUAACGCUACUGGGAUCUAUCCCAGUGUGUCCACCUCUCUUUGUAGGCUGCAGCGCCCGGAGCUUGUGUGGGGCUGGAUCCCAUGGGAUCGGGCUGGUGGGGAAGCCUCUCUUCCCAAGCGGCUGGUCCUCUCGGCUCGGGCCGGACUUUACCUCACUUUCUUACACUCCACGCACUAGCCCGUCUUGAAUUUUUUGUGUGUCCUAGAAACCGCUGCUCUUACUGCGAGUCUUAUACUGGAGGCUGUGUUUUUAUACUGUAUUUUU